GCCGGGCCGGUGCGAGCCGGCCUGAGAGCAAGAGAACAUGAGUUCAGCAGGGAAGAAAAGAGGAAAGCCCAACAGAGGAGGAGGAAGAGGAAGAGGAGGAGGAGGGAGAGGAGGAGGGAGAGGAAGAAGCAGCAGCCGUUCAAACAAGUCUCAACUUGGUGGAAAUAGGAAAUGUUCAACAAAAAUUUGGGAUGACGGGGAUGAUUUUUGUCUCUUCGAGGAACCAAGGCUGGAAUCCAGAUCGACUGCCCCUACCAGAAGAGGAGGGCAAACAAGACAGAGAACUGAAGCCAGAAUGCCUCUGCAGACCAUUCACAUGACAUCAGAGAACCAGAGAAGAGUGAAAGAACUUCUUCGAGAGCUUCAAGGGCAGGAGCUGGCACCUGAGUCGGAAGUAGCUGGUUCUGGUGAAGAUGAUGAUGAACCUGAUUACCUUGAUGAUGAGCCAUGCUGGUCGACAGAUCAAGAAGUUUCUGACUUAACGCCAAGGUCUUCUGCUGAACCAGCUGAACGCAACAUUGUGGAAAGUGAGGUGUCUCCGUUUGCUGUGCAUAAACUGUCCAGGUAUGGUUUCGACAAGGAGCACUGUAGGACAGUGCUGAGAUCCUGCAACGGUAAUAUUGGGGCAUCACUGGAGUAUUUGCUGUUGCAGUGCUUUGCAGAAAGAUACGGAGAGAAGAUGCAGGUUCCUGCAGCAGCUGCUCAGGCCAGUCGAGAAGAAUGUUUAGAACAGAGACAAGAAGAGGCUUUUGUCCUCCGGUCAAUCUACGGAGAAAAAUUUGUAGAAAGAAUUCAAAACCGAGUUUGGACUUUUGGUUUGGAACUGGAAUACCUGACAGACAGACUCAGCAAAUCUAAACGAAAGGGUAGCUCUACUAGAGACGCAACAAAGCAUACUACACAAGAAAUAUGUAAAUUCUAUCUCCAAGGAGGCUGCAGGUUUGGUUCAAAAUGCAAAUUCAGACAUGAAAUUCCUCCAGAUCACCCCCUAAGACUAGCCAAGAGCUGUGUAGAUGAUGCACAUCUCAGACCUAACAGUGAUGACUCUCCCAUGUAUGAACUUGAAAUAAGAUUUCCCGAAGAAAACAAAUAUCCACUCCAGGCACCUCUUGUGGCAUUUUAUUCCACUAAUGAGAAUCUGCCUCUUGCUUGUCGUUUACACAUUGCUGAAUUCCUCUUUGGAAAAGCCUUGAUAGCUGCCGAGUCUAGCGAACCAGUGGUGUAUGCAUUAGUGACUUGCUUAGAAGAUGAAUCUGAAAUAAGCGAGUUGCUUAAAAAUACUCACCACAAGUAUAGUGUUCCUCCUGUGUCCCUGCUGGCAAGGCCUUCAGUAAGACUGCACACAGACAGUUCAUCUGGUUCAAAUCAGAUGUCGGAAGUCUCUAUAGUGUCAGAGGCUCAGGAGGAAGAGGAGGAGGUAGCAGAGGAGGAGGAGGAGGAUGAGCCUGAACAAGUUGUUGUGGAGAAAGAGAGUUAUGUAAACCUCAAAAAAAAGCUUUCCAAAAAGUAUGAUACGCAGGCAAAGUCACUGUAUAAUGAAAAUGUUAAAAUCUGCAAGCAAUUUCGGCUGAAAAAGUCUUCUAGGCACUUCCAGUCCAUGUUGCAAGAAAGACAGAAGCUCCCUGCAUGGCAGGAAAGAGAAACCAUUCUUGAUAUGCUGAAUAGCCACCAAGUUCUUGUUGUGAGCGGCAUGACAGGAUGUGGGAAAACCACUCAAAUUCCUCAGUUUAUUUUGGAUGCUUCGUUGCAAGGUUCUCCAAACAAAGUUGCAAACAUCAUUUGUACUCAGCCUCGCAGGAUCUCUGCCAUUUCUGUGGCUGAACGUGUAGCCAAAGAAAGAACAGAAAGGAUCGGGGUCACUGUUGGAUAUCAGAUUCGACUAGAAAGUGUAAAGUCCUCAGCUACCAGACUGUUGUACUGCACUACUGGUGUGCUGCUGAGAAGGCUGGAAGGAGAUCUGACUUUGCAGGGAGUCACACACGUUAUUGUGGAUGAAGUUCAUGAAAGAACAGAAGAAAGUGACUUCUUGCUGCUGGUUUUGAAGGAUAUAAUGUUUCAGAGACCAGACCUGCGCAUUAUACUAAUGAGUGCCACCUUGAAUGCAGAGCUUUUUUCUCAGUACUUUCACUCCUGUCCAAUUAUUAACAUACCAGGCCGAACGUUUCCUGUGGAUCAGUUUUUUCUGGAAGAUGUGAUUGCAAUGACAAGAUACGUUCUAGAGGAUAGCAGUCCCUACAGGCGCAAGACAAAGCAAGAGAACAAACUGAAUGGAAGACACAAAAGAACUGCAUUUGAAGAAGUAGAGGAGGACUUGAGACGUGCUGGCAUCCUGGGAGAGACUGACACAGCUAUCAGGGAUUCAGACCCAGACCAAAAAUUAACUCUAAAACAGCUCUUGGCACGAUAUAAAGGAGUUAACAAGACAGUGUUGAAAACAAUGUCUGUCAUGGACUUGGACAAAGUUAAUCUGGAAUUAAUUGAAGCCUUGCUGGAGUGGAUAGUUACCGGCAGACAUUCAUACCCCCCAGGUGCUGUGUUGAUAUUUUUGCCUGGUCUAGCAGAAAUCAAGAUGCUUUAUGAGCAGCUCCAGUCUAACGCUCUUUUCAAUAAUAGGCAUAGCAAGAGGUGUGUUGUUUAUCCACUUCAUUCUUCACUGUCCAGUGAAGAACAGCAGUCUGUGUUCCUCAAGCCUCCUGUAGGAGUCAUCAAAAUCAUCAUCUCUACAAACAUUGCAGAAACAUCUGUCACCAUUGAUGAUGUGGUCUAUGUGAUUGAUUCUGGGAAAAUGAAAGAGAAAAGAUACGACCCAAGCAAAGGAAUGGAAAGUCUGGAAGACACAUUUGUAUCCAGGGCCAAUGCUUUACAAAGGAAAGGGCGAGCAGGCCGUGUAGCCUCAGGAGUCUGCUUUCAUCUUUUCAGUAGCCAUCACUAUAACCAUCAGCUUAUAAAUCAGCAGUUACCAGAAAUACAAAGAGUGCCCCUGGAGCAGCUUUGUCUGAGAAUUAAGAUUCUAGAGAUGUUUUCCACACAGAGUCUUCACUCUGUCUUAUCACGAUUAAUUGAGCCCCCGAGAACUGAGUCUUUGCGGGCAUCAAAGCUGCGACUACAAGACUUGGGAGCGUUAACUUCAGAUGAAAAGCUCACCCCCUUGGGAUACCACUUGGCUUCUCUGCCUGUUGAUGUCAGGAUUGGCAAGCUAAUGUUGUUUGGCACCAUAUUCCGCUGCCUGGAUCCUGCACUAACUAUAGCAGCCAGUCUGGCCUUUAAGUCACCUUUUGUGUCACCGUGGGAUAAAAGAGAAGAAGCAAACAAAAAGAAGUUGGAGUUUGCAGUAGGAAACAGUGACUAUCUGGCUCUUCUUCAGGCCUAUAAGGGAUGGCGUUUAAGUACCAAAGAGGGCUCCCAGGCAAGCUACCACUAUUGCAGGGAGAACUUUUUAUCAGGAAGAGUUCUUCAAGAAAUUGCCAGUCUGAAAAGGCAAUUCACAGAACUGCUUUCUGAUAUUGGGUUUGUGAAGGAAGGAUUAAGAGCACGGGACAUUGAGAAGAAGUGUUGCCAAGGAGGAGAUGGUGUGUUGGAAUCCACAGGAGAAGAGGCAAAUUCAAAUGCAGAGAACAUCAAGCUGAUUUCAGCUAUGUUGUGUGCUGCGCUGUAUCCCAAUGUUGUCCAGGUGAAAACACCAGAGGGCAAGUACCAGAAGACUAGUACAGGAGCAGUCAAAAUGCAACCAAAAGCAGAAGAGCUGAAGUUUGUUACCAAAAAUGAUGGUUAUGUUCACAUUCACCCUUCCUCUGUGAAUUAUCAGACUAGGCACUUCGACAGUCCCUACCUGGUGUAUCACGAGAAGAUCAAGACCAGUCGCGUGUUCAUCCGAGACUGCAGCAUGGUGUCGGUGUACCCGCUGGUCCUGCUCGGAGGCGGGCAGGUUCACAUGCAGCUGCAGAAGGGGGAAUUUGUCAUUUCCCUUGACGAUGGAUGGAUACGGUUUGUGGCUGCCUCGCAUCAGGUGGCUGAGCUGGUGAAGGAGCUACGCUGUGAACUCGACCAGCUGCUGCAGGAUAAAAUCAAGAAUCCCAGCAUGGACUUAUGCAUGUGCCCCCGUGGAUCUCGGAUCAUUGGCAUGAUUGUAAAGCUUGUGACCACGCAGUAAUGUGAGAACACCUUUCUGUGAAGGUGCUGUUGGCUACUGCCCAAGAACAGACCAAGUAACAUCAGUCUCUGUAAAAGUCAAAACAUGGCACUGAUCUCUGGAAGACCAAGUUGGGAACUGUACUAUUCACUUUUUUUUUUUUUUUUCCUUCUUCUUCUUCUUAACCUUUGACUAUUUGCAGAGAGCUUACUGGUUGAAAAGACGGUAUCUUACAGUACAAACUGGGAAACAGGAAAAUGGAAAAUCUCACCGGAGGAAUAGAAACCUCCAAGCAAGAAAAUGAAGUGUUUGUUGAUGAAGUUAUAUGCUGACAAUAUGUUUUCUGAUUACAAAAAAAUACCUGUAGCAUGUUAUUGGUAAGCUGUUCCCAGAUUGGUAUAAACUUGCUCCUGCUUUUUUGGCCCAGCCUUCACAGAGAUGGUCUUGUGUUUGCUGAGCAGGAAUUGACUUGCCUAAGGAUCCAAAACUCUUAAAAAGGUGGGAGCCUUUUUGUUCAUGUCAAGGGGUUCUGGAUUGGAUUUACAGAACCUCCUCUAACAGGGAGAGACUAUGACAGUUUGGUUCAGUUAGCUGGCGUAAUUUGUUGGAUCAGUGCAGACUGCUGCCUGAGAGGGUGGCUGCUUCCUCUGAAAGAUCUGCUUUUCAGGCCUCCCGAACUGUGCAAAGAGCAAAACAGCUGAGCUGGACUGCUGUAGCCUAGUAAAAAUGGCUCCUCGGGUGGACAGUUACUGCUUAUUGCUAAACUCUUCUGGUGGGAGGUAGUCUUCCUGCCAUCCCACACAGCUGAAAGGAAGUCAAAGUUUUUAAACUUUUGAAGAUGUUCUUUUUAAAGCCAAACUCCUGCUCUGGGGAGCAGACAGAUAGAGACGCGUGUGGCAAAUGCUGCAGUAAUGAUGAGAUUAAUACCUCUUUCCUUCUACAUUGCGUAAUUAUAGCUGAUCUGCUUGGAAUAAAAGCAAUUGCUUCAGCAAUUGCAAAUAAUAGUAAGUAAGUGCCUUAAGUAAGUGAAAUAACUUUUGACUACUGUCAUCUGAAAUAGUGAAAUUGCGGUAAGCAGCAGUGUCUAUACCACAACCCUGCCUAAGCGCAGAGGGAGGCAGAUCUCUUUGGGACUAGUUUGCUUUUUGAAGAACAUGCUCAAGUGUUUAUAGAAACUAUUUCACAGGGGACACUCCCCGCAUAAGGAACAGGAAGGAAAACGAGUACUAAGCCUGAAGUGCUGGCACGCUAGGACGUUCUCUGCAGGUAUGUUGAACCACAGAAGGUUAAACUUCCCUGGUGUCUGUUUAAAAUUGCAGGAAGAACAGGUUAGCAGUAGCCCUGUAUUCCUGAAUUACAUAUUAUUUGCAGUAAAUGUUUUGUAGUGGAGGCUGACUCCUGUUUUUCUGGGGGCUAGUGAAGAGCUGCGAGGCCUAGUAAUACUGUGCGACCAGCAGCCACUUCAGUAGGGAUAAGCAAACGCUCGGGCUUUGCUUUCAGGUAGGCUGUGCAGACAAACAGGAGCAGGUUCCACUGUUUGCUGCCAAGUUCCAUGUGCCUUCAACACUGCCGGCCUCUCGCCUGAGAGGCCUCCAGCAUGGGGGAGCGCUGGGCCUUGGCUCGAGCAGGCCCCGCACAACGCGUGCUAAAUGCUCAGCUGUAAUUUUUUUUCUUCUGUUUGAGCGACCCUGAAGAAGGGAAGGUGAGGGCAAGGACAGCAGAUUAUGUAACAGGUUAUAAUUAGAAGCAUCUAAGGAGCUGGAGGAAGGACUUGUUCCAGCACCUUGCUCUGGUGGCAGCAUAUAUGAAGUUUGAGAAGGGAAAUGAAGUCCAUUCAUGGACUGAGCAGAUGACAACCGCCACAGACCCACGUACAGGGCCCUCUGCUAUAGAGGGGGCCACCCCUGUCCCAUCCACAUGUCAUGGACUGCUUGUUACUGCCAAACCAACCUUCAGCAGGGCUUGGUGUGUUUCAUCCUGGGUGCUACAGGGAAGUAGUGACUGCUACUGCUCCUGUAUUAAGUUACGAUCUCAGUUUGUGCUCUUUUACGAUUCACACAGACCUAAGGUAUGGACAGAUGAAACGCGUAAGUUAUGUUUAUCCCUGAGGUAUGUUUUUACACGGGUAACUAUGCAAACCCUUAAAUCACUGCCAGUCCAUGGGUAGGGCAGCAACAUCCAGCUUCCCUGCCACUUCUUGCUACCCUUACA